AUGGCUUACGAUCACUACGUGGCCAUUUGUAACCCCCUUCUCUACUCCAUGGUCAUGUCCCAAAGGCUUUGCAUUGGGAUGUUGGCUGGUGCCUACUUAGCUGGCGUGAUCAGCUCUACCAUACACACGGUUUCCAUAUCUCAUCUGCUGUUCUGUCGGUCCAAGACGAUCAAUCACUUCUUCUGUGAUGGACCACCACUGCUAGCCCUCUCCUGCUCUGACACCCCUGCCAUCGAGGUGAUGGCUGCUGCCGUGGUGGGGUUCAAGGUACUGAGCACCACGGUCUUCAUCCUCAUCUCCUACUUGUCGGUCCUUUCCAUUGUCAUGCGGAUGCAGUCUGUGGUUGGUCAACGCAAAGCUUUCUCCACCUGUGCCUCUCACUUCAUCUCCAUUGCUUUCUACUACGGCAGCUUCCUCUUCAUGUACCUGCACCCCAUCUCCAGCAAGUCCUCAAAGCAUGAUGAGGUGGUCUCCAUGACGCACUCUGUGGCUGUCCCCAUACUGAAUCCACUCAUCUACAGCCUAAGAAAUGCAGAUAUGAAGAAUGCCAUGAGGAAAGCAAAAAGUAGAGUCCUCUGCUCUUUGUCCACUCAUGGUUCCUAG